GCGCUCUCGUUACAGGUUUGUUGGAGGGAUGUUGUUGGGCGGGAACAAAGGAUUACGUUUGCUGGCUAACAUCAUGUAGCAAAGUGUCGCCAAAGCACCUCGCACUGAUCAUGUUGGCUUUGGGGCAAGUGGAUUCAUCUUGAGCAGACCCCAGUCCCUCUGUGCCUGAGCAUUGUAACAGUACUCGGAGUUGACAUUGCUGGGAAGGGAUCUGUGCUUGCGCACGUGACUGCUGUAACUGAUCAUCGCCACAUUCAACAGGCCCUGCUCUCUGGGUGAUCUGUAGUGACCGACAAUGGACCCUGUGGCUCCCUGCUGGGUGGGCAGCGUGUUUCUCUUCAUCAGCUCGGACAAGGUAGAUCUACCAGAACUCUAUCAAGACCCACAGAAGCAGCUAAAGAUUUAUAAAGCUCUCAAGCUAUCUCUUGCAGAUGCCACCGGCAGUGGUGGAGGUUGUGAAAUCCUGAAAGUUUACGGAAGUGCUUUUGGACUUCAGCUGAAGUUUACAGAGGAAGUGAAAUGCAGGAAGUUUCUCCAAAGUUACGAAACGGGCAGACUGCAGAAGGCUUUAGUGCAUCAUUUUCAAAAUCAGAGUGUCCCCAGCACAGUUUUCACAAUGGAGCUGAAGGCUGGCGUGGUGACCUUAGAUGAUAUCCUGAAUGAGCAAGACAGCUGCAUAAAACACAUCAAGGCGAAUGAGCCCAAUCAUCUCCGAGAUGAUGACGUUAGCAGAUUGGAACAGGACAUCAGGCAGAUGGUGCUAGAAUACAGUUCCCACUGCCAAGGCACCAGCGUCCAGUGUGAUGGUCCUUCUGAAAGAUAUUCGGUAUCUGAAUCUCCAAUCUCAUCCUCCGCACCUUUAAUUGCAUCGCCAACUUCAGCCCAAACGAAUGGGAGUCCAUUGCCGUUGGCGGACUGUUUUGAAUUUCAGGGUGUUUUCUUUGGUGACCGUGUUUUGAGUACACAGGAUCACGAUAACUUUGCCAAAUCCGUGGGCACGAACUGGAAGCAGGUUGGCCGAGUCUUACAGAAAACGUGCCGAGGCCUUCGUUAUCCAGCCAUUGACAACAUCGCCUUUGAGUACGAGCGGGAGGGGCUGUACGAACAGGCGUACCAAAUGCUGCUCAAGUUUAUUCAGAGCGAAGGGAAGAAGGCCACAAUAAGUCGACUGAUCAAAGUUUUGGAGAAAAGUGAACUGAUUUGGGUAGCUGACCAGUUGUUGAACAAUAAUUAGGCGGAAGAAAAGCCCACGCAAGAAUGGGCAUUGCAAUACUCUAUGGUGGGGCAAAAAACGGUGGAAUUGUGGGUUCGUAAAGGUUUUAUUUCUUGCAUCAAAAGUUAAUCAUUCUGUGUAAAGUUUGGCUUAAUCUCAUUUAUAACUGAGGUGAGUUAUAUUGGGAGGCCGUGUGCUUCCUUUAGUGUUCAAUGCCAUUUAUUUUUUGAACAAUCAGUUAAUCCAGUUCUCAUUUUUUACAUGUAUGAGGUUUUAAUUACUAUACAGUAUUUUCUGCACUGAUUUUACACGACAAGAUAUACACUUGUUAGAUUGAGGGAGGGUGUUAUACUUAAGUAGGUAGAGCUCUAAGACUUUUUCCUAAACUGCAUUUACAGAGAGACUGCAAUUUUGCAGUAUAUAUUUUUAUGCUUUGUGUUUCUUUGUGCAAAGCGACAACUUUAAACCGAGGCAGUUUGAAUUGUGGUCACAUCGUUCCAAGUUGCUCUUUUUUGUGAGAUGAUCCUCUCUUGUGCUGGCCGGCUGUGAGCCGUGGGCAGGAGCAGCCUUGAUCCAAUUCCUGGUGGAUCCUGGCCUGCAGCAUGCAGUUGUCCUACAUAUGGCACUAAUUAACCUAAAUAGACUGAUGCCGCUUGGACAGCAUGAAGUACACCAGGAAAUGGAUCAGAUUAUGUAGUCAGGGAUAAAGUCGGGUGGGAUUGGGGAACUGAUACAUCAAGGGGAAAUAGCACUGGCAGGUUUACACUGUAUCCAUCUGCAUGGUUUAGGUUUAUUAUUGUCACAUGUACUGAGGUACAGUGGAAAGCCUAGUUUAGCAUGCUAUCCACAUUGGAUAUACCAUAUAUAGAUACAAUCAAUUCAAGCUCAAGCACAAUAAAUAGAGCAAAAUACAGAGUGCAAAAUAUAGUUCUCAGCAUCAUAGCAUAUCAAUUCCUUAGACAAAGUACAAUGGCCCCAAUGGGGUGGAGGUGAAUCAAACGCUACCCGAGUUUAUGGAAGGACCAUUCAGAAGCCUUCCUGGAAAUGAUGGACGCCAAAGUAGUUGGCCUAAAUGAGAUGAGUUCCGCUCCCCAGUUCUUGAGAUCCUUCGCUUUGAGGCAUAAAUUAUUUUUUUGCUAAAUAUCCUAAUUUGAGGAAGGACGUCCUUGUGAUUGAGGCAGUGCAGCGUCGGUUCACGAGAUCGAUCCCUGGGAUGGCAGGACUGUCAUAAGUGGAAAGAUUG